AAUGGAUAUCCUUCACCCGAGGUCUAUCCUCCAAAACGCAUGUCAUACUCACCGUUUUAACCGCUUCAUUAAGCUGAUCAACCUGCCACGACGUAACGUCACCGUAUCCCACCAUGCUUGAAGGCAUCACAUUGGUGAUCUUCUUUUUCAUCGAUUCCAUUUCUGCUGUCCCUCACAUAAACGGUCGAAUAGCUGUGAGCCAUGGCUACAAUAGCAGCUCGUCAAGCUGCAUCGACACUAGCCCGACUUUCCUCUUCCAGAACAUCGGCGCAAGCCACUUCUCUUAUUCAACGGCGUGGUCUUGCCGGUGCUGCUGAUCACCACGGCCCGCCAAAGGUUAAUUGGUGGGAAGACCCGAUGAGCCCCUCUAAGUGGAAGGAAGAACAUUUUGUAAUUGUCUCAUUAUCUGGUUGGGGCUUACUCUUCUUUGGAGGAUACAAAAUGUUUACUGGAGGCAAAGUGAAGGAAGAGAAAUUGGUUGAAGCUGCACAAUAAGUUUUGGAGCUUUAAAUUUUCCCAAAUUCCUGGUAAUAAUGUGCAUAUAUUGGAGCUUUAAUGUCUUAAGAAUUUCUUUCUUUGUCAACACUGCUACCCAGUGUAUGAUUUUUUCUUGGAGAUUAAAGAUAAUUAAACUUGAAGGGUGAUUGCUUUGUUGGAGCCAAUUAACCAUUUCAUGUACUUAUCAUUCCCAAGUAAUUUUUAAAUAAUCUUUUGUUCUGAUAA